AUGCGGCCGGAAAAGGCGACGACAGUGCCUGCAACUGUCGAGAAUUGGGAAGAAGCAGCGCAGAAGAAUGGAACACUCACUGUUGACAUCAACGCUAGCUAUCACAAGCUAGGUGCCUCGCUCAACAAAACUAGCCAAGAUCUGGACAAUACUCCGGAGUUCAACCUGUACCUUAGCGCACUUGAGCGGAGAGAUGCGCCUAGCUCUGGUAUCAAUGUUCUGGGCUGCCCGUAUCAGAAAGUUAUCCUCAAACGUCGAUCCGAGCAAUAUGACAAGGAUAAUCCUUUCUGGCAAUAUGCUCUCAUCACAGCCGGAACUCAGACCGCGACGCGAAUACCAAAAGAAGAGCCCGAUUCGCUGGACCCUAAGAGCCAAGACAUCCUAGCUACCCCGACAGUCGAUAUGGAGGAGCGAGGCGAAGAAACUCUAUGGCUAGAACGAAGAACUUUCUGUGUCUGUCACCCUGGCCUAGGGAUUAAUUGCAGUCCCGCCAGGGUGCACUUGGCCUUCGAUUUCAAGCAGAGCAAGGACAAAAAGCAGGCCAAGGGAAUUGAUUCGAAGGUUCAUAGCCUGUCUUGUACAACAUACGGACUGCUCAAGUCAAGAACUACUGGUUGGAUGUAUGCGAUUCUCGAAGCCAAAGCUAGAGCGCACUUGAGGCACGAGCUGAAAGUUCAGCAAUUUGGUCCAUAUUGGAUCCGGUCGAAGGCGGAUACGCAAUAUGUGGAAAAGAAUACCGCUCGGCUACAAAAUAUGUCUAGACAGUUUUUCCCUCUAUCAUGA